GAAAGCAAUAUCCCGUGGCCUGGAGCGAGGCAGUGAUAGGAGGCAUAAACGGCAUAACUGGUAACUGGUAAGCCGAUCUACACUUCGCGCGCGGGGCGUGGGCCCUGAACUCUUAUUUCAAAGCAGUAUCAAUUGUUGGUGCCCGAUUCUUGCUUCCGCCUGGCCCCAAUGGCGUUUGCAACCGCCGCGGCGGCGGCUGCGGCGUUGGCAAGGCCUUCCUCCGUUGUCAUGGUAACCAGACCAAGCGUUAGGUGGGCCUUCAAGCCCCUCGCUGUUUCUUCAUUCUCAUCUCCAUCUUCGCCUUCCACACCUUCUCGAAGGCUCGUCCUUUACUCGAAGCCCGAUUGCUGCUUGUGCGAUGGUCUCAAAGAGAAACUUCAAGCUGCUUUCUUGCUCUCUGGUCCUGAUUCACUUCACGACGUAGAUUUGCAGAUAAGGGAUAUAACUAGCAAUCCGGAAUGGGAAAGAGCUUACCAAUAUGAGAUACCCGUGUUGGCCAAAUUACACUCCGAUGGCACAGAGGAAAUUUUACCGCGAUUGUCUCCUCGUGUCGGAGUGGAACUCCUUCAAAAGAAGAUAGCCGCUGCUUUCAGACAAUAGAAGAUGAAGUUAAAAGGGACCUUUUUUAUAGGACUCGGGAAGCUGCAAGAGAUGAUUGUUUGAUUACAUCUGUACCAUUUAGUCAAUGACAAUUUUCCUGAAUCAUAUUUUUUUAGACUUGUCGUAAUCUUGUUCCGCAUGAUAAACUUAGUCAAGUAAUUUCUUAACUCCAGUAAUUGAAACAUUACUUUGUUUGGAUGUGAUUGAAUUGUUCUUUAUCUCGUUGACUUA